AGGUCCUAUUUCCUGGUAGGAUUUGGUAUCCGCCCUCGGGAGUACUGGUGUUUGUAGUGUAUAUAUGAGCGGAGAUAUAGUCGGCCAUGGAGGCAGGGACUUCAGAUUCUGUUUAUCCACCUUUUAAGCGUCCACCUGAUGAUGAUUUAAUAGCAGUGGAAGAAAAAAGAUUUUGCCCUAUAAAUAUGGAUAUAAUCAAGAAAGAAAUCAAAGAUGAGGAUGAAUCGGACUGCUGUGAAGAGGCUUGGUUAAAAGGCUUUGGCCUGUACAGCGAGGAUGUUACACAGUCAAGCAGCCAUUCCCAUGAAGCUGAUAUGAGCUUGAAUGCCUUUGCUGAAGAAGUGUUUGAUUCCAACACACAUUACCAUUGUCCCAUAGAUGAGAACACAACAAAAUUUUUUGAUGUUGAUAAGCCGUUUCAGCCAUCUGCAGAAUUUGUGCCUCCACAGUGUUUUGGAACCAGAAAACUGAGGUUCCAGAGUGCUUGGUAUACAGAUUUCCCAUGGCUUCAUUAUAACCCCCAGUUGAAAGGCGUUCUUUGUUUUACUUGUGGAAAAGCUGAGAGCAUGGGUCUUCUGGGUUCUACUCGAAGAAGAGAUUCUGUAUUUACAGCUGUAGGGUUUUCCAAUUGGAAAAAGGCUCGUGAAAAGUUUGGAUCUCACCAGAAGUCUAAAAGCCAUGAGUUUGCCACUUGGAAAUUAAUGCAUGCCUUACAGAAUCAGAAGAGAGAAGCAGCUUUGGAACAGCAGCGGAAAGUAAGACAGGCUAUUCCACCUCUCUGCUUGAACAAGCUGAUUUCUUCAGUGCGCUUUUUGAUUCAUAGAGGACACACAUUUCAAAGUCAUGAAUCCAUUGAAGAGAGUUUGUUUGAACUACUAAAAUUUUUAGGUCAGGAUAAUGAUGCCUUCAAAUAUUGGCUCAUGACUAACCAGAAUUUCACUAGCCCAGAAAUCCAACAUGAAAUUAUUGGCUUAAUGAGCCAUGAGAUCACAUCCUUAAUCACAAGAGAAGUGAAUCAAGGCUCAAUGUACUACUCUAUAAUAAUAGACAGCAUUCAGAAUCCUGAAUCGCAGCAGCUGAGCCUCUUUUUGCGAUUUUUGGAUUCAGACCUGCAUCCUCAAGAGGAAUUUAUUGGCUUUCUUGAUCCAGUGGAGAACACCGGUACUUCUGCUGCAAAUCUUAUCCUAGAUAUUCUUGAUCGACAUUCUUUGCCUAUUGAUCUUCUAAGAGGAAUUGCAUUUGGGGAAUCGCCUUUCUCAUCUCUUUGCUACAUGGAGUCACAGGCUUUGCUAAAACAAAAACAGCCUUUAGCCAGGUUCGUCCAUUGUGGAGCUCCUUGUGGCAGUUUCUUGGCCAAAAAUGCUAGCCAUACCAGUCCUAUUCUGCAGCAGGCUUUAUAUUCUGUAAAUGAUCUGUGCAAAUUAUUUAGCAAAACAUCAAAGUUUAAAUUUUUGUUUGCAGAGGUGACCUCAAAUGUCACAGGUCAUACAAGGCUCUUAUGUUCUUCCAAGUGGUAUGUUAACCUGGCACUGAUAAAUACUGUUAUUCAACACUAUGGCUUGAUCGUAGAAGGUCUACGAGAAAUGCAGACACAAGCAGGUGUUACUGGUGUAAGAGCUCAUGUUUUGUUGCAAGAGUUUAUCGAAGGAAAUACAAUAGUGAGUUUGCUCAUUGUCAGGGCACUACUGGAGUCACUAAAUAUUCUCAGUAUUAAUUUUGACGAUCAGAACAAACUAGUGUUGAACACUUUGAAAAAAGUAAAGAUGGUAAAAGAAAUCCUUACAAGGGUACGUCAAGAAGCUCCCGUGUUAGAUUUCUUAAAACAGGCAGAAGAUUUUGUUCUGAAACUAAAUCUGUCACCUUUAUCCAUUCCACAACAAAGACUGCCGUGUGCUCAGAGUACAGAGGCGGUACAACCACAAAUUGCAGUUUCCAAGGAGGAAUAUUUUAAAACUGAGUAUUUCAGGGUGAUUGAUGCUAUUAUCUCUCAGCUGGAUAACCAGUUCUUCCAACAAGGCUUUAUGGAAUAUUGCAUUCUGGAAGAUGUUCUGCUUGCUGCAGGAAAAGGAGAAUCUGACAGUGUUAUUGAGCAAAAACUUGGAGUCCUCUCUAAAUAUCCAGAGUUCAACGUUCGCAUGCUAAAGGUCCAGUUAGAAAUGUUUGCUCACAAAAACAGCUACAGUUCUCUGUCGGAAGCUGUAAGCCUUUACAAGUCUGUGAGUCCUGAAGUCAAGGAGUUUUUUAAUGAGCUGGGUAAAUUUUUAAAACUUUUACUUAUCAUUCCAGUGAGCACAAUGGAGAGUGACCAGAUUUGUGGCCCCUUUCAAAGACUGAAAACUUUGUUAAAGUUUACCACUGCAGAGACCCGCUCAAAUGAUGUGGCUAUAUGCUAUGUGAAUGAGACCCGAUUAGAUAACCUGUGUUUAGAAAGUAUUGCACACACCUUUGUUCACGGCUCUUGAUCGCUCAGUUACUCACUUUGUAAUGGUUUUGAAUGGCUAUUAAAUUGUUAGUCUUAAAUCCUAAGGCCACCACCCUGCAUUUUACAAGACUAUUAAUGUGUACAUAUACAAAGUCAUCCUGAACAAAUGACACCCGAUGUUCAAAGAACUGCAUCAAAGCUCUUUUCGAAGGAAUGGGCAGCCCCAAUGGAGGUCUUUCCAGUUGGACUCUAUUAGGAAGUGAUGGUGAAUUCUAGAUUUAAAGGAUCACUUCUUAUACUAGGUACAGCCAUGACAUCCUUUGUGAAUAAAAAUCCCACCUACUUUUUUUUUUUUCCAGCUGUUUCAAAUGCAGAGGGGUAAAAUAUAAAAAGAUACUAAUAUUUUUGUGAAGCAAUUGGUGAACCAGAACUGAUGCUGCAGCUAUUUGAGCAUUGACACCUCAAGUAUUCUGCUCAAACAUAGGAAUGUGAAGUUACAUUGCCCCCAUCAUCUUUAUAAGACAUUUACCAGGCUUUGUAACUAACAUAGUUGCCUUUGUCAGGGCCCAAGGUUUUGGGUAAUAUUUUAUGCUCUGGCUUAUUCAUUGUAAAUACUCACUGGCUAAAUCUUAGUACAACCUUUAUAAUACUUGUAAGCCUUUUUCUUUUUUUCUUUUUCCUUUUUUUUAAUUACUCAUUGUGCCAUUACUCAAUGUAUAUUAUGAUCAUUAUAAACUUGUCAUGUUGAACACACUGUCUUAUUUGCACGUGUUCCACAUGACACAGUUCAGCAGAUUAUUGUAUUUUCAAAAAAGAGAGAGAAAAUACACAAGGGGCGCUCCCUGUAGAGGUAUUGUCACUGGCGUGCUCCCUCCACCCCACCAAAGUGAUAUACCGACCUUAGUAGUAGUAGUAGCUGCACCAAAAAGUGCAACAGUGAUGAUGGCAGAGAUGAUUACAGGUACUGGUUGCUGCGCUCCGACCGGUAUCGGGCUCCACGGUUGGAGGCUGAUAUAUAAUGAUGGUAGGGGGGCAGUAGGCUAAAAAAACUGUUUGGGAGGUGCUGCGCAUAUUAUUAAACAACGAGGCAAGACACGAGCAGCACAGGACAACAAAUAUUUUUUAUUUCGUUAAUAGGGACAAUGCGUUUUGGCAUUCACUAAUGCCUUCCUCAGGUCCACAAACAGUUCCCAAUUUCCCAUGUUCAGAUUUGACUGCGUGCUGGGGUGCUGGUCUGGACGUCCUGGCGGGUAGCUGUGCUGCUGCAGUCCUGCAGCUUUUUAGGAUGGUUUUUAUAGGACUUGAAAUAUGUUUUGGUUUAAAUCCCUUCUUACCUAAGCCCUGAGGUGGUUUUUACUGAAUAUUUUGUACUUUAUGUAUACAAGCUCACACAGGGCUUUCAUUCUUUGAGUGAAAUUAUCUACUAUGCUUUUGAGGUCGCAGCAGGAAUUUUAAGCGAUUGGGCACUUUCUAUUCAAUGUACUGUAUAGAAAAACCUUUUUAUAUCCCUUACUUAAAAGUACUCGAAUAGUCUGUCCCAUUAUCCACACAUCUGAAGAUCCACCAUUUUUGCUGCCACAUCCCUCUGUGCAGACUGGACGUCUGUCCACAAAAUGGCUACACAUGGACAUGCGUCAAUUAGUGUUCUCUAUAGCAUUAUCCUGCACAUAGAUAACUAUCACUGGUGCAGUGGAGGUUGUGCAUGGUUACAUGCUCCUCCAUGAGGACAAAGGAGGGCUGUCUGGACUGCACAUAAGAGAUAAGGGCAGCAGGGGUGCAAUAUUUCACAUCUAUGCAUAAUGGGGCACAUCAAGAAUAAAGUGUCAUUAAGUGACUUACUGUAAGUGUUACAAUGUGGUUCUAUACAAAAAGUAGAAAGUGUGCAACCCCUUUUAAAUCAAGAAAUACCUUGUUAAACGUAAUUAAUUACUAACCUGAACUUCCAAUAUUAUAUGCAGGUUAAAGACAGCUUGUUUAAUGUGAUAAGCAAUACCUUAAAUAUCAUGAGACUUUGACACCACCAAUACCCUGGGCAAUACAUUGAAACAUCUUCAAGGGAUAUUUUCAUUUCAAGUUAUCCUCUAUCCAUAGGAUAGGGGAUACAUUUUGUAUUGGUGGGGGUUCAAAUACUUAGAGCCCCGAGUAAACUAAGCUGGCCAUGCCUGCGCGGCCACUGCUCCAUACAUUCUUUAUGGGCUUUCUGAAUGUUGCCGAGCACCACAUUUGCCAGCUUUUGGGCAUGUGUUGCCCACUCCGUCCAUUUGGGGCUCCAGUAUCCCAACCAGUGCCCAAUUAUGUCCUAUGCAUAGGGGAUAACUUGAUGAAAUAAUACUUUUUUUUUUAGGGUGUAUUGACAUGUACAAUAUCCUCCUUCAUUUGAAGCAUAAAUCUUCAACGUAUGGUUCUCAAGGUGCUUGAACUGUGACAUAGUGUGAAAUCCUUUGACUGAUUCCCUGUAGCUUUACCUAUUACAAUAUUUUUCUGGGUUUAUAAAAAAAAAAAAAAAAACGCAGGUAUUGCAGUAGAGAUGAUUGUAAGAUUUUUAUGUGAUGGCGAUCUGUGCCCUAGAAGAGAAGUGGAAGUCAUCUCUGGGAGUAAAGUCUGUUACUAUUCUAUUUUUAUACAUAUGUAAGUGUAACUAUUUUGACUGUUUUUCCUUCUGUAAAACGUCAUUCCUAUUUUGCCAUUUUUAUUACCUUUAAAGCGUGUGUCAUUUGUUAAAUCUCUUGACGUGUCAUCUAGACAAGUCAAAAGUCUAGAUUGCAUUGGUUCUUACUCCUGAGUCCCACUGUUAUUGUAAGUUACAGUCCGGCGAAGAGCACUGCUGAGCACUUAACUCCCUGGCUGUAUCUCAAACCAGACUCUUUCACAUAGGCUAUAAUACAGUGAAUGAGUUGCACAGGGUGACUGACCCAAGCAGUAAUCAUGGUGGAUCUCAGGACUGAGACGACUUGUCAAAAGUUUUCACAAAUGAUGGUUCAAUGUCUUUGAAUACUAUUUUAUAUGAAAUGUUUUAUAAUCUGCUUUAAAGCAUACUUGUCAUGACAAAAUGAAAUAUGUUUUUGGUUUAUCCAUAAAAACGCUAGGAUUUUUUUUUUCUGCUAUAGUGAGAAAAGCCUAGUUCAGCUCUACACUCACUGGCCACUCUAUUAGGUAUACCUCAAUAGUACGGUGGUGGACCCCAUUCUGCCUUCAAAACUGCCUUUUAUUCUUUGUGGCAUACUUUACACCACUACCAGCCUGAACUAUUGAUACAAGAUAGGAUGGAUACAUGCUGUCAUGUUUUGUACCCCAAAUUCUGACCCUGCCAUCUGAAUGUCACAGAUGGAUUUGAAACUCAGUAGGCCAGGCACUGUCCGUAGGCAUGAGUGGCAUCGUGUGUUGUCAUUUUCUUCUGCGGUCCAUCUGCUUCAAGGUUCAAUGUUUUGUGAGUUUAGAGAUGGUAUUUUGAAUACCUUGGUUGUAAUGAGUAGUUAUUUCAGUUACUGUUGCCUUUCCAGUCUGCCCAUUCUCCUCUGACAAGACAUUUUUGUCCACACAACUGCAGCUUAAUGGAUAUCUUCUCUUUUUCAGACAAUUCUUUCUAAACCUUGAGAUGGUAGUAAAUGAAAAAUCCCAGUAGAUCAGCAUUUCUAAAAUACUCAGGCCAGCUGUCUGGCACCAACAAUCGUGACAAAGUUACUUAAAUCCCCAUUCUUACCUAUUCUGAUGCUCAUUGUUAACUUCAACACGUUGUCUUGACCAUGUCUACAUGCCUGAUUAGCUAUUUGUGUUAAACAAUUGAACAGGUGUACCUAAUAAGGUAGCCAUUGAGUGUUUGCUAAGCCGCAGGCACCCUGUAUUUGCCCGAAUGGGACAGAGGAGUCCUUUAUGGAGAGGAAUUAGAGAAAGUAAGGGAGGCAGACAGAAAACAUUUAACUUUUCAUUUAGAAUGGUAAACUGGAAGAAUCUGGCAAUGUUGCAAUCCACACUGGGUUACAGCUUCAGAGUACAGUGCUGGUACAGAACCAUUCAAGCACUCACUUGGGCAUGUCUUUAUUUGUAAAUUUUUAUCUAUAGUGCUUGUUUUAGGUAACUUUUUUUUCUGUGAGCACCUUUUUGUUUUAAAAUGCUAGUAAAAGUAUAUACAACCACAAUCCACAUUCUAUAGUGUUUAGUAUUGCUUCUGCACUUUUCAGGUCCUUGCUACUGCUGGUAUUUAGAUAUGUGUACCAAUAAAGUUAAGACUUGUGGCA